UUUUCUUGGUUAAUGACAGGCAGGAACGUGGAAACACAACCCGCCAAUUUUCUUGGUCAUUGCAAGGCCCCUGUUGCGCACUCUUUGUUUAUCGGCUAUUUAUAUCUCCAUGCUUUUGACCCAUUGAAGCACUGAAUGACCUGUUUUUGACAUAUCCAUUCUUGCUUUGUUUGCUUUUUCACCACAGCAUCAAUAUUCUGUAAAUGGCCUCCACUUCCACAUCUGGUCGAGGAGAAUGGGCACCCGAUCCAUUUUCAGUACUUGAACCUCACAACAAAAUGAUAAAGUCCUCCUUGUCUGUAAAGCAGUUUGAUGUAUUCAUCAACCAUCGAGGUCCAGAUGUCAAAACAACUCUGGCUUUGCAGCUUUACAAUUCCCUAAAGAAUGAGGGGAUCUCAGCAUAUCUAGAUUCUGAGGAGACUGAACUGGGAGAUUAUUUUCCCUCUGCCAUAAAGAAUGCCAUAUUCUCUGCCAGAGUGCACAUAGCCAUCUUAUCACGGCGAUAUGCAGAGUCUGCUUGGUGCUUAGCUGAGCUAGCUUUAAUGUUUCAAACCGAGGCUAGAAUUAUUCCCCUGUUUUACCAUGUUCAGCCUUCAGACUUCCGCCACAUCAAAAAUGGAGUUGCAGAUGCAUUUUCCAAACACGAAGAAAAUGGUAGAUAUCCUAAUCAUGACGUUCAACAAUGGAAAGAUUGCCUGCAGAACGUUUCAGGGAUCAAGGGCUACGAACUCAACGGACAGAAUGAUGAUCUGAAUAAGCUGUGCUGUGAAGUCGUGACGACGGUGGUCAAGGAGAAGAAAAAGAGAAAAAUUCCUCUCCAAGUUGCAAAAUAUGAGGUAGGACUUGAUGAGCUUGUGAAGGAUUUCCAGAGCCAUUGCCAGAGUAAUGGGGAGAUGAAAGACAAAAUAAUUGGCAUCUUUGGAAUGGGAGGGUCUGGCAAGACCACUCUCGCCAAAUAUUUGUUCAAUAACAAAAGUUCAGAGUUUAGUGGAUCAACUUUUCUGUUUGAUGUGCGGGGAAGACAUGUCAAAGAUGAGCUAACUUCUCUGCAAAGUCAGCUUCUCAAAGAUCUGAUUCAUCUGAAAGAAAAAUCCAUUGGUAAUAUAAAUGAUGGGAUCACCUCUAUCAAGGAUAAUCUUCAAAGGACCCGCGAAUCAAGGUUCCUUAUAGUUAUAGACGAUGCUGAUCAUCUGAAGCAGUUAGAUGCCCUAGUGCCCAUAGAUGCUCUCAAUUCCAAAAGUUUGGUAAUUGUCACAACUCGUGACGAGAGGCUUCUGAUACAGGCUGGAGUAAAUGUCCGUUAUAAGAUGAAAGAAAUGAAUCCAGAGCAUAGCAGAGAGCUCUUCUGCUGGCAUGCAUUUCAGAAACAAUCUUGUAAAAGUGGAUUUCAGAAUUUGGUAGAGGGCUUUGUAAAAGUGUGUGGAGGUUUACCUCUUGCUCUUCAAGUAAUGGGCGCACAUGUUUCUGGCAGUGACAAGUCUUAUUGGAAAUUGGAAUUAGAUGUAGCUGAAAACAUUACACAAAGACAUAAAAGAUACCCUUAAA